AUGAAAAACGGGAAAGCCACGGGACCAGACGGCGUCCCCAUAGAAGCCUGGAAAGCGAUGGGAGAGGAAGGCAUUGACGUGUUGUGGAUGCUGAUGGGGAAGGUGAUGGAUGAGGAGAAUACCCCAACAGUACGGAAAGAAAGUAUAUUAAUACCGAUUUUCAAAGAGAAAGGAGAUGUCCAAAAUUGUGAAAAUUAUAGAGGCGUAAAACUAAUGUCACAUACUUUGAAACUAUUAGAAAGAAUAAUAGAUGGCCGAAUAAGACAGGAAGCGUUUAUUGGAAGACAACAACUGGGCUUCAUGAAAGGAGCAGGAAUGGUGGACGGGAUAUUCUGCCUUAGACAAACAAUGGAAAAGUAUCGAGAAAAGCAAAAAGUGUUACACAUGUUGUUUAUAUACCUAGAGAAAGCUUAUGAUAGAGUGCCGAGACAGGAAGUGUGGAGAUAUAUGCGCAAGCGAGGAGUGACGGAGAAAUACGUGAGAAUGGUUCAAGAGACUUAUAAGAAUGUUACCACCAAGGUCCGAUGCACAGUAGGAAUGACACAUGGGUUUGAGGUUAAGGUUGGUUUGCACCAAGGCUCGGCCCUUAGUCCAAUACUGUUACUUGUGGUUAUGGAUGUGAUGACAGAGGAAGUGCGUGAAGAGCCACCAUGGUGCAUACUAUAUGCUGAUUACAUCGUGUUGGUGGCGGAGACGAAGUAG